CUUCAAGCAGUGAGGAAAGGCAGGAAUUACCUGGCUGCCUCUCAUGAUUCAGGAGCACAUAGCACUUUACAAGUGUACUCUUCUCAGCAGAGUAACAAUAAUUUCAUCUGUGACCAACAGAAGGUCUGUUCAGUGAAAGAUGGGCACUUUAGAAUCUGCCCAGCAAGAAUUGGAAGUACCCCCCAUUAGCCAAAGCCAUUCAGUAAAUGUUCCAAACACGGUUCGUGAAGAUACGAUGUCUCUACCUACAGCAGAUGCCAUAACUUUGCCCAGUUCUGUGGUUCAAGUGGGUUUGCCUGUCCAAAAUCAGACCCACUGUAUCCAUCAAGUUGCCUCUGACAUCUGGAAGAAAGGAGGCCGCUUGCUUUCUGCACUGCUGGCCAUUAAUGUUGGUCUGAUCGCUUGUGUUCUUGUGAGCAGUGGAACCUUAGAAAAUGUCUCUGUGAAGGACACUGAAGUUCUUGUUUUAUUGGUCAUUCUGAUGCUGCUCUCUACCAUCUGGAUGAUGUUCCAAUUUUAUUUCUCUUGCCGAAAAAAUGCAGUACUCUACAAGGAUUGCCAUGCAGGACCUGUGUGGCUGAGAGGUGGCCUGGUCUUCUUUGGGAUCUGCAGUCUGGUUCUUGACGUGUUUAAGAUUGGCUAUUACAUUAGUUAUAUUGAUUGCGAGUCUCCAAUCAAGCUUAUUCACCCCAUGGUGCAGAGCGCAUUCAUCAUCCUUCAGACAUAUUUUCUCUGGGUCUCCAGCAAACACUGUGUGCAGAUUCAUACCAACAUUUCCAGAUAUGGUCUUAUGUUGGUGCUCAUAACUAACCUCAGUAUCUGGAUGGCUGCAGUGACUGAUGAGUCUGUCCAUCAGACGAAGGACAUGGAGGAUGAUUUACAAGUUGUGGCCAGCACAGCUGGGUACCAUGAUCACAGAGAUGCUGGUGGAGCACAUGGCCACACUUGCCGUUGCAGUAACCACUUGUGCCACAUCUUUCAGACUGGAUAUUAUUACCUUUACCCAUUUAAUAUAGAAUAUAGCCUCUUUGCUUCAGCUAUGACAUAUGUGAUGUGGAAAAAUGUUGGCCGUGAGAUGGAUGACAACAUGCCAUGCCACCGACGUCUUAGCCCUUGUUUCUGCUUUCAUAGCGUCUUUGUGGGACUUAUACUCGGAGGAAUAGUUCUUCUUGGUGGUAUUGUGGCUCUUGUGACAUACAAAGUACAUGUCAAUAUCCAAGACAAAAGCUACCAGGCCCAUAUCAUGUUUUAUUCAUUCAAUGUCGUUGUCCUCACCAUUAUGUCCAUGGGUUCACUCACUGGAUCCAUCAUUUACCGUUUCGAUAAGAGGGACAUGGAUGGUCACAAGAAUCCAACCCGCACUUUAGAUGUGACUUUGCUCCUGGGAGCAGCACUCGGCCAAUACUGUAUUUCAUAUUACUCCAUAGUAGCAAUGGUGGCUACGACUCCUGGGGAGCUGCUCAAUGCUUUGAAUCUGGUGUACUCCAUACUCAUGAUUAUACAACUCACAUUGCAGAAUACCUUCAUCAUUGAAGGGCUACAUAGAGAAUCUUUCCAAGAUUCCCCUAUGGAUCCACAUAAAGAACUGGUUUACACAAAUGAAUCUGUUGCCCCUAGUCUACCUGAGGAAACAUCUCAUGAACCCACAGAACCUUCUGGAUCAAACACAGCAAAUAAUCAAAUGCAAGUGGAUCAUAUUCACCCGUGGAAUUUAAAAAGAAGAUUCAUUCAGGAGAUUUCCCUCUUUCUGCUGCUCUGUAACGUUAUACUCUGGUUGAUGCCUGCGUUUGGAGCUCGACCACAGUUAAAGAAUGAUCUAGAGAUGAAGUUCUAUGGAGCCACAGUAUGGACUAUAAUCACCAACAUCAGCCUUCCGUUUGGCAUUUUCUACCGUAUGCACGGAGCUGCCAGCCUCUUGGAAGUGUUUCGGAUGUCGUAGGUUGAGCAGACCCAGGAUGCAACGUUUUUAAAGACAAUGUGAAAAUAUACCUGAGACGGGCAAACCUCUUCCUCUCGUUGUGAUCUAUAAACAGAUGGAAACGACAACAAGACAGCAAGACUGAUUUAUUUUUUUAACUAUUUAUAGACAGUGAUGAGCGAAACAAUAUUGUGUAGUUGUUGUGUUUCUAACCUAAUCUGAGGAGCAGGGUUGCCAACCGCCUGUAAAUUAAAGGGAACCUGUCAUCAACUUUUCGCUGACAUCACGGAGGGCAGCAUAAAAUAGUGACAGAAAUGCUGA